UUUGCUUUUCUUGAUUGAGAUUCUGAGCUGGACAAGAUCAAGACUGCUAAAAUAAUGGAGAAAGAUUCUGAAUUGAAGAUUGGAAAUGGGGUGAAUGAUGGUGAGAGAUCCAAGAAUAAGGAAGGAUUUUUUAGGGCAAACCAGAUUGAUCUCAAGAAUUUGGAUUCUCAGCUGGAGAAACACUUGAGCAGGGCAUGGACUAUGGAAAAGGAAUUUAAAAGACCAAAGGAGGAAUGGGAAAUUGACCUCAAGAAACUACUUCUAAAGUGUAAAAUAGCCCAAGGGACUUUUGGAGUUGUAUACAGAGGUGUUCUUGAUGAGCAGGAUGUUGCAGUGAAAGUUCUUGAUUGGGGAGAUGAGGAAAGCAGAAGAGCAGCUGAGGUAUCUGCACUGAGGAUUGCAUUUCUACAAGAAGUGGGUGUAUGGCACAAGUUAGACCAUCCAAAUAUAACAAAGUUUAUAGGUGCCUCAAUGGGAUCUUCAAGUUCUAAUGAUGCUGGAGCUACUUUCAGGAUUCAAUCCAGUCGCAAUGCUUGUUGUGUUGUUAUGGAGUAUCUUGCUGGAGGAACACUGAAGAACUACCUUAUAAAGAACAGGAGAGAAAAGAUUGGUUUUAAUGUUGUGAUCAAGUUAGCAUUGGACAUUUCAAGAGGGUUAAGCUAUCUUCAUUCACAGAAGAUAGUUCACAGAGAUGUCAAAACAGAAAACAUGCUGCUGGACAGAAGUGGGAGUGUGAAGAUAGCAGACUUUGGUGUGGCCCGUAUUGAGGCAGAGAACCUGAGGGACAUGACUGGUACAACAGGAACACUUGGUUACAUGGCACCAGAGGUCUUAGAUGGGAAGCCAUACAACAGGAAAUGUGAUGUUUACAGCUUUGGGAUCUGUUUAUGCGAGAUUUACUGUUGUGAGAUGUCUUAUGCUCAUCUAAGUUUUGCAGAAUUUACAUCUGCAGUUGUGAAACAGAAUCUUAGGCCUAAAAUUCCAAGGUGUUGUCCCAGCUCUCUAGCAAAUGUUAUGAAAAAAUGUUGGGAUGCAAAUCCUGAAAAGAGGCCAGACAUGGAAGAGGUAGUUGAAUUGUUAGAGAAUAUAGGUGAUACACGUAAGGGUAAAGGAAUGGUCCCUAUGUGUAUGGAUCAACCUCAUGGAUGUUUCUGCUUUUAAUUGGGGAGCCCUGGUCAUUAUUGUAAUUGUGCAUACAGAGAAUGGAAAGGCUUAUGUACAACAACAUUUACCAUGCAAAUUACUAUGUUUUGUUUUGA